UGAGGAUCGGAACUGCAUUAAAUGUUGUAAUCAAGAAAUCUCUCGGAAACUUCCUAACCAUGAGUGUUGACAUCAACGUCGAGUAUAUAAACUCCAGACUCUCUAAUCCAAAACAAUGCAAUAACUCCACGGAAGGAGAAGCAAAUAAACACCAACCAGAACUUUACUUCUACUGUUGACGUUUUGAGAAUGUGCAAGAAGUUGAAGAUUUUCAUGAGAAAGCUACAAACUAGAUUCUCCAAAAGGGUAGGGAAUUGUGGUGAGUUCGAGGUAGAGGGUAAUGCUGGUAGUACUGCUGCAUGGAUGAUUCCAAGUGAUGUGAAGGAAGGGCACGUAGCGGUGAUUGCCGUUAAAGGAGAGAGAGCGAAGAGGUUUAUUUUGGAGCUUGAAGAGUUGAACAAACCUGAGUUCAUGAGGCUGCUUGAGCAAGCGAGGGAGGAGUUCGGGUUCCAGCUCAGAGGACCUCUGACCAUUCCAUGCCAGCCGGAAGAAGUACAGAAGAUUCUACAACGAAGUAGAGAGUAUUGAGUUUAGAUUAAUUGUAGAGAAACAAUGUUAGUUGAAAUUCUUUUCCUACAAUAAUUUACCAUUCUUUCUCUUAUUCACCGUUCUGGUGAUUGUUCAUUUUUUUCCUCUUUACACUUAUUUGAAUGUAAGAGGUUUUCGUAAGCAGCUAGCUUGAUAUCACCACGAAUAUUACAGCUUCAAUGGAUGCAUAACAUUUUCUCCCUA